GUCGUCCUAUUUACUCCCCCUCCCUUUCUCUAAAGAAAUGUACUUAUGAAGCCCAUUCAGAAAAUUAAAGGACCACUUUGCCCUUACCUUUUCUCGUUCUUCAAUAACAUUCCAUUCCAGAAUCAUACUCCAUUCUUUCCUUUACUUAGUUACCCCUAACAAAAUCUGCUUUCCCAAUUCUCAAUUUCAUGUAAAAUGUCGAGACCGGCGGCAACAUCACCGACGACGACGACGAUAAAACCAGAAGAUUACACACAUAGCCCUGUACAUUACGCCGUCGUUUUAGGAGAUCACUCUACUCUAAACAGACUCGUCGCUUCUCUUCCUCGAAUCGCCGAUCCAACUCAGAUACAAACCGAGGCCGACUCGAUUGCUCAGGAACGAAUCGCUGAAAAAAUUACCGCCGUACUUGACCGCCGUGACAACCCUAAACGUGAAACUCCACUACACCUCGCCGUCCGUUUGAAUGACGUGUACGCUGCUCGGACACUUGCCGUUGCCGGUGCAGACAUUUCGCUACAGAAUGCUGCUGGUUGGAAUGCUCUACAGGAAGCUAUUCUUCGGAGAUGCUCCGACGUCGUUUCGAUUCUAGUACAGCAUCAUCAUUUAGGUGCUUGGUACAAGUGGCGCCGCCGUCUACCUCGCCUUGUUGCUGUUCUCCGCAGAAUGCGUGACUUCUACAUGGAAAUUUCUUUCCAUUUCGAGAGUUCUAUUGUUCCCUUCGUUGGAAAAAUCGCGCCUUCUGAUACGUAUAAGAUCUGGAAAUGCGAUGGUAAUCUUCGAGCAGAUACAUCUUUAGCCGGUUAUGACGGCUUGAAAGUUCAGCGAGCUAAUCAGAGUUUUCUCUUUCUCGGUGACGGGGGCCGGAAUUCUGAUAUUCCGGCUGGUUCAUUGCUAGUUUUGAACCACGAUGACCGUAAAAUGUAUGAUGCUUUUGAGAACGCUGGUUCUCCUUUGAGCGAGUCCGACGUUGCGAGUUUUUGUAAUCAAACAAGUGUCUAUCGUCCUGGAAUGGACGUGACGAAAUCUACACUAGUUGGUCGUACAAAUUGGAGAGGGCAAGAUAAAACGGAGAACGUCGGUGAAUGGAAAGCCAGGGUUUAUGAUGUGAAUAAUGUUGUUUUCAGCUUCCGAUCGCGGAAAAUUUCCGCAGCUGAAAGCGAACAAAUUCUACCAUUAGACUUAGAACUAGAAGAGGACUCCGAAGACGGUUUCCUUGUCGCAGAGAAUCCACGGUUUAGCGUCUCAACCGCCGCUGCCUCUGUCGGAGAAAGUAACAAACAAAGACGCCACAGCAGUUUCACUCGAGAGGAAAGGGAUUUCGUUACCGUUUCUCGAAAAAGUGUCGAUAUUAUACCGGAGCCACGGCGGAGAGCGGCGGCGAUACCGGUUGCACCGCCGCCAAAUACGAAGGAGAAGGAGUAUGUGAAGAGCCUGAAGCCGUCAGUUUGGUUAACGGAGCAGUUUCCGUUGAAGACGGAGGAGUUGCUGCCGUUACUUGACAUAUUAGCCAACAAAGUCAAAGCCGUUAGACGAAUGAGAGAGCUGUUAACCACCAAGUUCCCUCCGGGGACAUUUCCAGUAAAGUUGGCAAUACCAGUGGUUCCUACAGUGAGGGUAGUAAUCACAUUCACAAAGUUUGUCGAGUUGCAACCAGUUGAACAGUUCUACACUCCAUUUUCAAGUCCAAGGCAUCUUCUUCAUGGUGGUGGUGAGAAUGAAAGUUCAGGCAGCAAUUACUACUCCCUUCCUUCAACGUCGUCUUCGUCAUCAUCGUCGUGGCUGUCGAGGAGCAAUAGCCGUUCAUGUUCGACUAGCAAGCUACCACAGCAGAGCAGUAAUGGAGCACAACAAGCAGAUCCAUUUGCCAUACCUGGUGGUUAUAGUUGGAGUAGUUUUGAUGUGAAAAAUAGAAAAAUGAAGAAAUCCAAGUCUACUAGGAAAACCAAGUGACUGUACGUCUUACUAGUUAUUCUUUUAACAUGGAAUGUGAUCGAUCAACUACUCUGUUUUUUGAAUUACUUGCUAAUUUCUAAUAUAGUUUUGUAGAUAUGGAGGAGAAUCUAACUUUGAAUCUCCUAAACUCUUGUUCUUGGAUUCUCAAUUCUCAUAGUGGUCAUUCAAUUGAGUUUCUCAAUCUAAUCGUAGAAUUUA